GCCUGUUAUAACUAUAGCCCUUGCGGCAAUGACCCAGGAUCAAGGGACUUGAUGUCAUUGUAAGCAAUUAGUUUUGCAUUAGCUGAAAUAGCUUGGCAUUAGCUUGAUUUUUUGACCUUGGUUAGUCUCAUCCAGAGGUUCAUGAGAGAGUCGAUGGAGAAAUAUAUGAAGAGAAGAUAAUGCCUACCGUCCUGUCAUCCAAAGCGAACAACUUCAGCUUCUUGCUUAUACUCACUGCCUCAGUAUACGAUGGCAUACCCUUCACGCCUACACUUUUUGUUGACCCUCUUUCGUGAACUGUUCAAUACCUUCAUCCAUUCCACAGGAGAUGACCCACUACUUGCGCGAACUCAUCGAUCUUUCCAAAAUCAAUCUGCUCAAACGAAUAAUGUUUUACUAUUAGUGCCGAUUACUCUAGGGCUUAUCCUUAACCUCCUAAUACGAUAUUGGAUUGGCCAUGUCCUAUUGUCUCUCUUAAUCCUUGAAACCGUAGAGAAGCACGCUGAUGCUUCUGACCUGGGGGCCAAGAAGCCAGCUCCCUCCAGUCGCCAACUGCUCCGAACCAGCGCCACCCUCUACCGCAAAGGGGGUAUCCAUCUUCUCCUGAAUGGCAUCGGUUCUGCCUGUACCUAUUGGGCGAUGCACAUCUCGGUGGCGAAACUAUCGACUACUCUGCUUCCCAGUCCGGCCGCGCAUAUCCUUGCAUCGCUCCUGCUCGCUGAGACACAUUUCCUCUGGACCGCGCGCACCAUCCUUCCGCAUGACCAGCUGCGCUUCGUGUCCAACCCCGGCGACCGCCGACAAUGGAAGGCGCUGGCGCUUCCCACUCUGGUCUAUGCCGCGGCUGAAACCGUGAUGAUGCAUGUGCCGGCUCUAUUCGACAGCAGCAGCAUCACCCCACCGCCGGACGAGGCAGUCACAAUAGCGAGACUAUUGUACAUCGUGAGAUCCGACAUCCUGGUAGCGGGGCUCAUGCUCUCUGCCCAGCUGUUUCUCCUCCUUCCCUCUUAUAUGGUGUUGAUCCUGGUCCAGAUCAGUCUUCUGCCGCCCACCUGCGAGACGCUGAUCUUUAGACAGCAGCGGCGGGGCAGGCGGGUGGGAGAGAUCUUUUCGGCAGUCAACCGAGGACCGCUACAUGCACAAAAGGCGGUGCAGAUGAUUGGGAUGGGGAGGUUGCUCAGUUGUCUGGAACUGCAUGGAAAGAUGUGUCUAUGUUUGGUUGGGGUUGCCGCUGUGGUGCAUUCAGUGAUCUACUGUAUGUUGUAGAAAGGAGCCUCUCGACUACACUUUCAAACCUGAUUUCUCGGUGCUGCAUGUCCUUGUGGAUGAAUCAGGUCGUACUCCUAGAUGAGGGGGGGAUGACAAGGGAUGACGAGCCAGUAUGGUAACCAGUUUCCUUCGAGAUAGCUAUUUCUGUUAUGAGUGUGGCUAUAGUACUCGGCAUAGAAUCCCUAACGAUCUUCCACUAUUUAAGCUUAGAUAAUAUUCCUCCUUUAUACAGCCUUUACCAGAGUGGUUGCUGAAUCAUGACUUUUGGACGGUGCAC